AUGCACAAUCAAUUCCUUCGUGCAACCGAACCACUCCAUGGCGACAUCAACGUAGCAAUCUUCCAUCUCGUUGCGAGCAAUGAAUUAGUUCGUCAUGCUUCAACCGAAGUUAGAAAGCUUGCUGGGAAGAGGAAGAUCAAUUAUGAAAUUAGCCGUUAUUUGGGUAGCUUGUUUUUAGAGCAUUUGGAAGCAUAUGAAUGA